AUGAUCCCCCAGCUCGACGGCGAAACAGACGGCGCUAUCCACGCGCCGCCCAUCCCUCCAGCAACGCGCUACCCUCACCCCAGCAGCCAUGGGACUUUCCCCCAGAAACAGCAUAGCAACCAUGCACCACGCCGGGCUUACAACCACAUCGCACCUAUACCGGUACCAGUAUCGGCGGCUCCGACUCCGGCCCUAGCACCAGGACCACCGCGGCUCUCACGUCAGCGCCCCCACGCCAAUAAAAGCGCCGUCCAGCAUCUGCUUCCAUACUGCACGACGGAGCCGCCGCUGACCGACGCCCAGGUCAUUGCUCUGAGCGACGUGGUGGCUAGUCUGGAAGAACUGCUUGUCUUGGCCCUUGGCGCGGCGUCUGGGGAUGGGAGUCGGGCUGCGAGGCUGGAAGCUGCCGUGGGUCGGCGGGUUGCGGCGGGUAUUGUCGAGUUUUUUGUUGACGAGUGGGAGAUGGAGGGGUGA